CGCCAAACUCGAUAUUAUAGAAAGGCCAAGUCGACAACAAUGCGACGCCCGGCCGCGGUCGUCUUGGCGCAGGCCGACCUCGUGCGCAGCAUUGCAGCGUACCAAGAUGGCAUUCCGUAUGCGAUCUCGGCGCUGGACCACGUGUGGAAGACGACGGCGACCUUCCGUCGCGUGGGCUCGCUUGGCCUUGGCUUUCGGUUUGAGAUCGCCGGCGUCGAGAGAUCGCACGCGACGCUGCACCUUCACGCAGUCGACCACCGCUUCCCGAUGCACUGGGCCAUGCUGCAUGGCCGCGACGACGACUGUAUCGCGUGGGCUGCGCACUUUACGUCGACGCUGCUCGCCCUCGACGCCUUCCAGCCCUCGGCGGUGACGUGUGCAGCAUGCUACGGGCGCGCGCGCGUCGUUCAUUGGCUUUUGGACCACGGCUUUUACAUGACGUCACAGUCGAUCGUGCAGGCGGUGCUGUACGGCGACGUUGCGCUCGUGGCCUUGCUCUGCGAACGCGCACCGACGAUGGUCCCAGCGCACGUUCUCGCGGCCGCCGCCGCUCGUGGGCACAUGGAGGUCGCACGCUACCUGCACGCGCACUUCCCGCGGACGCUUCGGUCGGGUGGCGUCCUCAGCGCCGCCGUCACCGCGCCUACGAACGCGGAGGCCAUGGUGUGCUUUGUCCACCGUGUGUUUCGUGGACUUCGCCCGACGGCGCGGGAUAUCUCCCUCGCGCUGUGCCAAGACAACCUACCACUGCUGUCAACAGUCCUGGACCUCUUUGAUCCGCCCAUAACGUCGAGUGACACGUAUUUUGCACUGACACACGAGCACGCGCGCGACCACCCAGAGACGACGGCGCUUCUCAUAAGACGUUGUGCCGCACUUGGCUUGCCCACCGCCCUGGCAAGCGUCAACAUCGUCGAUUCACACUAAUACCAUACUUGUUGAUGGCGCGGAGCGAGACAGCUGCCAUUCUGCGGUCGAACAGUCGAGACUCAGAGGGACGACGUCGCAGGGUGCGAUCGGGACUCGGGUAUAAAGUCGUUGAGGCGCAUGCAAGCGAGAAGAGUUCCGUCUUGGAAAAAAUCGAUGUUCGCAGUGACAUUGGAGUCUUUCUUUCAUUUGGUCGCC